GUCAGCCGAGUGGAACUGGUGCGGCUGCUGGAGAGAGAGAGGCAGAGAGGCAGGGAGGCUGUGCUGAACAGACGCUGGGUCAGAGCGCUCAGACAAUCACAGGGAAGCAAGAGAAAGACAGGAAAAGAGACAGAGAGAGAGAGAGAGAGACCACAUAGACAGAUAGAAAAGAGAGAAAAGGGAGGGAGAGACAGGGGAGGGAGGUAAAUAUGUGACAGGAUGUGGUUUCCCUGAGCUUGCAGAACAUCGGUACACAGGCAUACUUUGAGCAUGACCUAAACACACCGAGCUUACAAGUGUGUUUGAGCUCCGUUAGGUGGCGAGGGGGGAAGACGAAGAAAACCGCUGGAGCUGCUGCUGAGACGCUCUGGUUUCUCUGUUGCCUGCCGGAGGAUUGUGUUUCCUCUAAGCCAGCCAGCUCCACGGCAACCUCCGUCAGCUCGUCAGGACAGGAUCUGAACCCUCCAUCCUUCCUUCCAAGUAGAAUGUGUUUCUCUGCUGGAAGCUCCGGUCCAGUUGCCGCCUUCGCGUCCGAGCAGUGAACUUUUCAACGAGAUUUUUGUGAAACAGGGUCCGUGCACAGAGAGACUGACACACUGUGGAGCCAUGGGCUGCGGGCUGCGUAAGAUGAAGCCGAUGUCGGAGGAGAACAGUCCGGGGAAGAUUUACUCCACCCUGAAGAGACCACAGGUGGAGACUAAGGUGGGCGUGGCCUACACCUACCGCUACCUGGACUUCCUCAUCGGCAAAGAUGGUGGGACGUCCACGUUGCGUCUCUCGUCGGUCCGGGAGCUGCCCGGCCAGCUGCAGGAGCUUUACCAGCAGGGAUUCGUUCUGGCAUCAGUUCACCCGUUCAUCCACCCCUGUGGCCCAGAGUCCAACAGCCCACAGCACCAGCUCUACCGGGCCAUACUGAUCCGACUCAACGACGGGGUGGAAAGGAGCCAGUCUGUCUGCCCACCGUACAAACUACAGCUGGAAGAGUGUCUGUCUGCCGAGCAGGUGCCCACCCCAGAGCUCAUCCAGGGCUACGUCAAGAAGCAGAUCCAGGAUGCUGCUGACCAGGGCGUGAUGUUCGUGGGAUUUGUCCAGGAACCCUAUGGAGCCCCAUGCACCAGGAUCCGACAACCAGACACCCCCUCCCUUUCCCUGCAUUCCAGCCCCAGCUCUGUGCUCGGUUCCCUGGGCAGCUGCAGCCCCUCGAACCCCUCGAGCCCCACAAACCACGCAGCACUCGGAGCUCAGGCUGACGCGGUGCACAAAGACGGGAAUGAGGAGGCCGGGGAAGGAGCGCCGGACGAGGAGAAGAAUCAAAGUGAGAACACUGGGAACCAUUCAGGGAGCGGGGUGGAGGAUAGUCAGGGCGCGGUCUCGCCUGUGGCGUCUCCAAUACCAGAGGGAGAUCUGGAGCACAGUGAGGAGCUGACGGAGGAGCUGACGGAGGAGGAGUCGCCGUGCCACAAUAACAACAAAGACAGUGACAGAGAUGCAAAGGAGAGGCCUAGAUACCGCCUGCGGAGGGGCGACGGGGUGGAACUGCUCGCUUUGUACAACCACCCGCCGGUCCGAGAGGGCCAGAUGAAGUACUACACUGUCAAAGUGCCACUGCGGGUUCAAAACUGUGAUGAGGGGGUCAAAGGCGUGGAGGCCAAUUGGCUGGAUCACAUGACUCAGCACUUCAACAAUGGAGCCUCACUGGUCGAUGGAUACUUCCACCUGGGCAACGUGAACGAUAUGCCUAAGUCGGUGGAAAGUGUCUUCAUCUUCCAGGAGGCGAGCGAGGGUGAGCCAAACGCAGCGACCCCGACAUACGAUGCCAUCGUGGUGGAGCAGUGGACCGUCAUUAACGGUUUGCAGGUGAAGGCAGAUUAUGUUCCUCUGCUACAGUCCCUGGCCACAUAUGGAUGGAGGCUCACCUGUGUGCUGCCAACUCCUGUAAUCAAGACUAACAGUGAUGGAAGCCUGUCCACCAAACAGAUUGUUUUCCUGCAGAGACCCAUCUUGGGCCGAAAGAAGAGGGAAUCCAAGAAAUUGAUCUUCAAGCCCCGAAGCAAGUCCAACAAGAACUGCAUCAAAGACACAACAAAGAACAAGAAGAAGAAAAAAACAAAAACUGAGAAGGAUGCAGAGGAUCCGAAGAUUCUUGAUGAAAGAGAAAAGGUUGAGAAAGAGGAAGACAAGAGCAGGGAUGAAAGGGUGAACGCAACGGAUGUAGAGGCAGCGAGAGAAAGUGAGACAUCGAAAGAAAGGGAGGUGAGGUGUGAGGAAGAUAGAAUGAUUGAUGAUGGGGUUGAAAUCAGCAUAGAGACUGUUGAAAAGAAAGAUGGAGGAGCAGAAACAGAGGACAAAGCGGCAGAAAACGGCAGAGAAGAAGAGGGAGGAGAAAAGAUAGCACUGGAUGGAGAGGGAUCCAAAGAGAACGGAGAGCCUUUAGAAAACGGAGAGGUCCAGGAAGUGACGGAAAUCAUUGUCGAAUCACAGAGCGAGACCAAAGAAAAGGAGGGCGAGGGCGUAGCAGAAGUUGUGAUCGAAAACGGGGUGGAGACGGAUGAGGAGAAAGACGAGGGCGAAGAGAUCGCGAUCAAACGCAAGACAGAAGAACCGGAGGUCAUCGCCAAGGAGAUCGUGGUGGAUUCACAGGCCACACCGACUCAUCAAAGCCCAGAGAAGGAGACUCAAGAGUAGCCCCAACUCGUCCAAGUCAAGGUUUUUCCCCGCCCUACCACUCAAAUUCCCCCAUCUUAAAAACUGUCUCACAGUGUUGUCCCUGAUCCAAAUUAAAGGGGCUUCGAUCCCCAUCGCUGCAGCAUUCUCCAAACCUACCAUCUUACAUAGACAAUUCCCUCGCAACCUGCCGUAGUGUAGCUACAGAGCGAUUUCAUGUAACUGCAGACAUCAGCCCUGCUGUAUAACCACACAUACUGAAUGUAUAUAUCCAAAACAGGAGAUGUUGGUGCAGGAUAGUCAAUGUGGAGACACUGGAAUAACUGAAUGAGGAUCGACAGGGGGUUGAAUAUCUAGAAUGAUGCCACGAUCCGAUUGGAUUGGCGUUUUUCUUGUAUUUAACAAGAAUGACACACAGUUUAAAGUCCUGGUCACACCAGAAUGUAAAAUGGUGAAAUAAAUUUCCUUUCAAUGGAAUCGCCGAGAUUAGUGGGUUUGAUUGUCAGGCGAAGAAAAUGUGCGUGAAUUUCUCACAACAAGUUUGACACACAAAUUCGCACCAUUGACUCACAGUAAGACAUUUUGACAUUGGUAAACUUUGGUUAUGUCCAAAAUUCCAUGCUAACAUGCUAUUUAGUACGCUAAAACUAUAUGUGAGAUUUUUUAGCAUGUACGAAACCUAAGAAUGAAACCAAUGGUACGCAAAUUGAAUGCCAUUUCCGGUAAAAAUAUGCAACCCACAAUGCAAUGCGGUAGUGAUGACAAUAUCAUAACAGACGUUGGCGGACAGCUACGUGAUGUCAAUAACGCUUCAAUUUAAGUCUAAGUAUAAGAUUUCACUUUGCUAGGUUUAAUAUAUUUUUUAAAUUAGUUCGGACUUUACAAUUCUCACAAAUCAUCGUUUGGUCACGAGGUUGGCGCGGGUUACCAUGGUUACGCGCCUCCAACCAGCAGGGAGGAGGUAGUGAGGAUGUAAAUUAUUGCUCAGUGCGUCUGAAAAGAUACAUACUACUGUUUAUUCACACAAAAGCAUGUUGAGCGCUGGUACACAUUAUUGGGUAUUUUGACAAUGAAGUCUAGGAGUUUGAGGAGAACCUGAGCUCGGCUGCCUAACAUUAGCCCAACAAGGUGAAACAAGUAACAUCAGCUAACUUAAAACUGCUUAGCUAAUGUGAGCUAAUUACAUCACACUGUCUAGGUGCUGCAGUAGUCCCACAGAAUAAAUCCACUCAAUCAACUAACUAAAAGCGUUAUUGUGAACUAUAAUGUUAGUCACUCUAAUUAGGGCAACCUACUGACCACAAAGUAAACAUUGUUCGGUCGCCAUCACAAACAGAACACGUACAAAGUGUCUGCUAACCUUGUUAACUGGAUGCGUUGUGGUUGCUCGUAGUGAUGGCAACUGUGUCCUUGUAAAAGCAAUUUUACUUUAAUCAAUACAUCUGUGUUUAUUAUCUACGCCGACCAUUUAUGUAAGUUACUACGAGCGACCACGUACGCUUUCGUCCUAAAGUCACCAGUUCAUACUGUUAGCAGGCAGUAGAGUCACUACGACUUGCUACCGUGGUAACAGCAGCAGCGCUCGAUGGCGAAACACACGAAGCGGUCGCAGGAUUCGUCCAUAGAGAAAAUAGAGACUACGCUAGCCUGUUGGUAUUUGUAGUUUACAAACUAGCGUUGUGAAUAGUCUCUACGUCACCGAGCCUCUAAAUUACCGAGCCCCUUUCUGGUGUGACCGGGCCUUUAGAAGGGAGUGAGGAGCGUUACGUGAUUCUCAAUGCAAUGUAAUGUAAGGGUUAAUUAGAUAAACUGAAAGAACGCCAGUGGAUCAUGGAUCAAAGGAAGUUCUCUGCUUGCUUUUGAAGAAUAGUUUGAGCACCAUAAGUCCUAAUAGUUGUACCCAGAUAUAGCGCCUGUUACAAGAGGUACUUAUACUGAGCAGCUCUUUUCAGUUUGUGAAGCUGAGAGAAGACGAGUCACCUCCAAAUCCAAGAGACAGAAUCUUGACAGGUCACAGUCCUCAUCCACACGACUGACAAGACAAUACAAGGGCAGGCAUGCUCUGAAAAGCAUCUUCAUGUGAUCACAGACCGCAUCACCGUUUCCCAUUCCUUCGUUCUGUGCACCAGAGUAAGUCGUGAUGUGGAGGGAACUUGGAGGAGAACGCUGGUAGAGGUGAUGGGAAAGGCGUUUGUUGCGACAGGCAAUCCAAAGUAGGGUGAAGAGAUAAUUGUUUACGCUGAGCUCUAAGCCGUCAAGUGCUUCAAAGAGAGCCGAUAAUCACUCUUUGGUGUGGUGUGCUAAGCUCACCUUGCAUACAGAAUGUUCCAUAUUCAAAGCCGAGUCAGAUAAGGAUGUGAAAUUCAGCUGAAUGUUUGCAGCUCGGGGGCAGAACUCAUAUUUAGAUGCACCUAGUUAGCUUUCACACACAGGGGGGGAGGAUUUAUUUCUGCGCAAAGUUGCAUUUUUAAUUACAUUUCCAGUCAAUGGCCACAAACAAAAGCUCUCAACAGUGUGGAGGCCGGGUUAAGCUGUGUGGUCAGGACCGAGCCUUGUUGUUUACCAAGACCAAGACUGCAGAUUGAGAGAGAGAAAUUGAGACAUGGGAAGACGUUGAGAGCGAAAGAGAAAAGACCACAGAGGAUAAGAGAGUCAAAUAAAAGAAAUGAAUAGGCCCAUUUAAAGUAACGACCGUUUGCGUCCCACAUUCCCUGUUGAGAUUUCCUUCAUUAUUUUACCUCCAGCUCCUUAAGCACCUCUUUCCAGACAUCAUUUCUGGCAAUAACCAAGUCAUAAUGUGCUGUUUCAUGGCAUCGUGUAGCUUUCCAUUUUAAAAAGGGGAAUGGGGGGAGGUAAAAACAGAGGGAGGAAGGUGGCGACGUUCACGGCGUAGAGCUCUCAUUAGCUCACUAAUGGGUUUUGUCAGUGGGGUAUCUGUCAGGAAUCAUGCAUUUAUAAUGGGGGUCACUUAUUGGGGGAUGUAUUGACAGCAAAACACCUCAACGUGUCAAGCAAAUAGCCUUCAGAUUUAACGGUGAUGUCAUGGGGAAUCAUUUGCACUGAGGAGGAAGAGUGUGUGUUCAAAAUUUCGCAAAGAAAUUACACACACGCCAUCAUAAAAUAUGUCAUAAAAUCGAUUUAUUAAAAUGUUGGGAUUCGGUGAAUCAAGAACUUAAACUACCUGCUGUCCUGCUUCACACAGACUAUAAUUUGUCAUAAUUUGGAUCUUUUGUUUUAUGAGAAUAGAUGAUACUUUGGUCAAGAAGAACGUCUCCUUAUUGGGGAUGAAGCUCUUCAGUUACACACAAGUAAGAUCGAUUAUGCUGAAUAAGUGCUCUCCUUAAUGAAUCCGCCCGCCGCUGAGAUUUUUUUCAAUGUAAAAUGGCAAGUGAUUUUGUGUAGAGUAGAAUAUAAAAACUGUGACCAGCUUAGCCUUAUUACUAUACUGUAAAUGCCCCACAAUCUGCUUUUUAGAAAUGUCUUUUAGAGGCACAAUGGUGAUUUCAGUGUUACAUGUUUGUUCUAGUCAAACAGGAAAGAUUUGCUACAGUCAGUGUUGGUAUUUUUGAAGCUGUUGUUCCCUGUUUUUAUUACUGGAAUUCAGAGUGAGGGGAUAAAAGUGUUUGUCUAUAUGAAGGUAAUAUGUUAUUUUUCACGUUUUGAUUUUUUUUUUAUUAUUAUUGUGAAUGUUCUGUUUUUGAGUCAAGAGAUUUUACUGUAGGCUUUGUGUUGCCUCUGCUGUUCCGCUAAAGCUUGCUAAAAAUGUAUUUCUGACUGACGCUUCGAGCUACCUCCCGAGGGCUGUUGUUGGUUUUAUACCGAGGGGUCGACCCCUAGAAACAUGCUCCUUGUCCUCUCGCCCUCCACUAUGACGGAGUCCAGACCCAUGAGUGUGAUCGCUAAUGGCAGACAAGGUCAAGGGUCAUAUUUGAGCCAGAAUGGAUUUUUCCACAGCUGUACACAGGAGUUUGCACGAGCACACGACAAAUAACCACUCUGAUAAUAUUGAAUUAAGAUAUGAGGUUAUAUCAUAAUAUUCUCUGUGGUAUUUUCUUUUUUUUUUUUAUUUUUAAACUUCAUACUCUCAGCUGCUUUUAGCUUCGGGCUGUUUGAGCUUUAAUAAGCACUUAUUGUAUUCAAGAAAUAUUUCAUGCUCCCUCUUGCAUCAGAGCUGCUGGGAAACAAAUAAGACUCAGCUGUCACUUUCACACGUUUGUCAGAAUGUGACAAAUAUGAAUUAUGAAAGGCAAUACAAAGAGACGCCUUUUGAUAGCUGACGAGAUCAUUAUGAAUAUUUGAGAAAUAUUCCCUGGUCAACUUAUUUUGUCAGAUUUAAUCAAUUUCUUCAUUUUCCCCGGCGUCGAGAUACACAUUUUAACUGUCAUCUACUGUAUCUGUUUUAUGAAUUUGUUUCAGUAUUCCUGCCUUUCUCCUUUUUUUGUUUUUUAAUCCGAAACUGUGACAUUUAUUCCCCUUUGGCGUCCUGUGAAAACAGAUCAUAUUCCACUUUAUCUAGAAGAGCAGAGUUUGGAAAAUCAGUUAAGCAGCGAGGUGAUCUCAUGCGGCAUGACUGUGUUUUUUUGACUCCUACUACAUUCCGGUAGGACAUCCACGAACAAGGAUGAUCGUAACCUUGACAAAAGUUACAACCGGCCCUGUAUCCGCCCGUCCUACCUGAGGCCGCGGCCUCCCUGAUAAGGGCUGAUUGGUGGCGGUGCAGUCUAACCUCUGACAUGAGUACACUCCAGGGACUGUGGGUAAUUGUGAUUUUUUUGUUUUUGUUUGGUAAUAAGAAAAACACAGACAGGGAGAGAAAAACGAGGCAGGAUCUCACACUUCAUCAGAUAAAUGAUGCUGAACGAUGUUAACUUAGCCGUCCGUGAAAAGAAGGAGACCUUUGACUAAUGUUAGACUUAAAUAUACAUUUGCAGCUCUCUGCCCAUUUGUGUAAAAAAAAAAAAAAAAAAAAAAAGGUAAUAUACAGUUUCCUGUCUUCUAUCAGCAUAAUUGUCUCUGAGCCUCAAUAGUGGCGCUGGUGCAAUCGUUCUUGGUAAUGCUGUAAAGAAAAAUAAAACGUAAUGGUUCAUUUCCUGUGUGCUACUAUGAUGUGAAAUGGGCAGAGUAGAAAUGACAGAACAUGAUACAAUAGGAUGCCGUCAUUUUUUUUCCCUGUGUUGUCACUUUAGCUUGCUCACAGCCUCUGGAAAAUGUAUUCUUAGGUUUUUGUCUCUGAUGUUUUUUAUCACCUCGGCUGCCAUCUUGAAUGUUGAGUAUCUUUGAUCAUGUGCUGUUGUCACUUGCGUAGCAGUGUUUGCUAUCAAGGAAGAAAAAGUAUUCUUUAUCUUUGCUAUCCUGAGUAUGUCCACAUUCCUAUUGUUCAUGACAUCUGUACAAUUUGUAUAUUAUAAAAUGAUUUAUAUUUAAUGUG